AACAACGUGCGCGCACCGCUCACGUGCGCAUCGCGCAAAAUUUUUUUCUCCUACGCAUGGAAAAAAAAAAGUCAAUUCAUUGCCUACCAUACCUCCUCAUCACGUUAACCUCUGCACCUAGUCAUCUCUGCACCUAGUCAUCUCUCUUGCCACUUGUCACAAUGGACAACAAAAGAAAGAGAUCCGACGAUACCACUGAGGCUCGCGAGCUCAAGACACCGUCUGUGCUCAACGCCGCGGACACCGCGUUCCCAAGAGGCGGGGCCACCGCCUUGACGCCGCUCGAAGUGAAGGAAAUCUCCAACGAAGCCGCCAGAGACGUCUUGUUUGAGGCGGCCGAGGCCAAGAAGAGGGUGUCUGCCGAGGGUGAGCCACUCAAGAAGAAGAAGCGCACCACAAAGAAGAAGGCUGCCGCGCCGGUCGAAGAGAAGAAGGUGUUGCCUAUUGAGGGCUUCAACUUCAAGAGUUUGAUUCCCGGCUCCAUUGUCUUAGGGCAAGUUUCUCAGAUCAACCGUUUGGACGUGGCCUUGGCGCUCGCCGAUAACUUGGUCGGGUACAUUCCAAUCACCGCGAUCUCCGCCGAGAUCUCUCAGCAACUCGAGGACUUUGAGGAAAACGAGUCUGACGACGAGGAAGAAACCGAAAAGGCAUUCCCUGACCUUGCUAAGAUCUUCCGUGUCGGGCAAUGGUUGCGUGCAACCGUGGUGGAGUCUACCGAGUUGGCCAAGCAGAAGAAGAACCAGAACAAGAAAAAACGUAUCCAGUUAUCCGUUGAGCCAACUGUGGUCAACCAGGCCCUUGAGGACGAGGAUUUGAUCUCCGGGAACGUGCUCCAAGUGUCUGUGAAGUCCUUGGAGGACCACGGUGCGAUCUUGAAUGUGGGCAAGGACGGGCUCGCCGGUUUCAUCUCCAACAAGGAGUUGAAGAACGGCGAUGUCGCACCCGAGUCUUUAUUUGUUGGUACGCCAUUGCUCUCCACUAUCGUUUCUAAAAACAACCGUACAGUCACUGUCCGUCUCCAGGCAAACCUUAAGAAGCAGAACGUGAUCUCGACCAUCUCGACUAUCGAUGCAGUGCUCGCAGGUAUCCUUGUGGAUGCACUUGUUACGGAUGUAGUUUCUAACGGUAUUCUCUGCAAGGUCUUUGGACUCUUAGAUGCGACCGUCAAUCUUACGCACGCGGGGAUCUACGACUCCGCGGAGUUGAAACACAAGUUUGCAGUCGGGUCCAAGGUCAAGGCCAGAGUCAUGGGUGUUGUCAUGAGGAACGGCGAGAAGAAGUUGAUUCUCUCGCUUCUCCCACACACGUUGAACCUUACGCUCCACGCGUGGGCGGAAGACGAAUCCUCCCCAUUAGAGGCGUUCGCGCUCGGCCAUAUCUUUGAGGACGUUGAGAUCAAGGGUUCCGACGCCAACUACCUCUUUGUUGACGUAGGAAACGCCGCCACCGCCGGGCAGGUUCAUCAAUCGCGUCUCGAUGCCAAGAAGGACCUCGGGCUCGACUACAAGACCGGCUCCCACCAUCGUGCCAGGGUACUUGGAUACAAUUCCGUCGAUAAUUUGUACAUCCUUACCAUGGACACCAAGGUGCUCAACCAGGAAUACAUUCGUACACAGGACAUUCCUGUCGGUAUCGCUGUCAUCGGUGAGGUCACCAAGGUGACUCCGGAAAAGGGGCUUACCCUCAAGAUCUUCGGCGACUUUGAGGCGCACGUGCCGCUCGCGCAUAUGUCCGACAUCAAGUUGAUCUACCCUGAGCGCAAGUUCAAGGUCGGCGCCAAGGUCAAGGGGAGAGUUUUGCGUAUUUCGCGUGUUCAGAAGGAAAUCACCGUGACCCUCAAGAACUCUCUCGUGACCGUCGAGGAAGAAGAGGUCUUGGCCAGCAUCGAAACCGCCGAGGUUGGCAUGCGCACCCGUGCCACCAUUGAGCGCUUCCAGGACAGGCGUGGUGCCAUUGUGUCGUUCUUCGGCGAUCUCAAAGCAUUCCUUCCAAACUCGGAGAUUUCCGAGACCUUCGUCAAAGACCCUGCCGAACAUCUCCGCCUCGGGCAGACCGUCAAGGUCACGCUCUUGGCCGUUGCGAAGGACACCAAGCGCAUCACCGUGACCUGUCGUGCUGCCGCUGAGUUGACCGCCACCCAAAAGGAGGCACUCUCCACGUUGACGCCGGGCAAGUCUGUGGUCGAGGUUUCCGUCGUAGAAAAGACCAAGGACUCGGUGAUUGUCGAGUUACCAGAAAACAAUCUCCGUGGUGUUAUUUUUGCCGGGCACUUGUCCGACGGCAACCACGAGCAGAACCGUGCGCUCUUGAAGAAGACCGCUGCGGGCAGCAAGCUCGAGGUGGUUGUGCUUGAAAAGGACGCCAAGUCUCGUGUCGUUGCAUUAUCGGCCAAGAAGUCCUUGAUCGACGAUGCCAAGGCUGGCAAGUUGCCAACUGCGUUUCGUGACAUCAAGGCUGAUGAUGAGAUGCUCCAUGGGUACGUCAAGUCUGUCAACAGCCUCGGGCUCUUUGUCGGAUUUGCCGGGAAGGUGACCGGAUUGGUGUUGGCCAAAUACGCCACCGAAAAACCAGUCGAGGAUCUCUCUACCGUGUUCCACAAGAACCAGUCUGUGACGUGUCGUGUUAUCCGUUUGGAUCUGGAAAACAAACGUUUCUUGUUGUCCCUUAAGGAGAAGACUGAAACAACCGAGUCCGAGGAGGCGGUGAAUCCAGCUGAUGCCUCCACUAAGCUCCUCUCCGAGUACGUCCCAGGAAAGCUUACUAAGGCGAUCGUCAAGUCCGUCAAGAGCACCCAGUUGAACGUGCAAUUGGCUGACAACCAACAGGGACGUGUGGAUAUCACCCAGGUGUUUGACGAUGUUUCGGCGAUCCAGGACCGCAAGAACCCAUUGGCACAGUUCCAGAAGGGCGACGUCUUGGACGUUAAGGUCAUCGGCUUCCACGACGCCAGAACCCACCGGUUCUUACCAGUGACCCAUCGCAAGUCCAAGAACAUCAUCGUUGAGUUGUCUGCCAAGACGUCCGAUCUUGUUGCCGGCCCAUACACCCCGUUGAGUUUGGCCGAAACCGCCGUCGGGACCACCUGGCCGGGAUUUAUCAACAAUGAGGCCGCUGGCUACUUCUGGGUCUCGCUCUCACCGACCGUCAAGGGCCGUCUCUCGCUCAUGGACCUCUCCGACGAUGGUGCUGUCUUUGCGAACUUGAAGGACAGUUACCCGGUCGGUUCCGCCAUCCAAGUUGCUGUUAAGGACGUCGACACGGUCCACAACGCCGUGUCUUUGAGCGCCAGACAGCAUGCCAUCAAGUCAUUGAAUGAUGUCAAGGUUGGGGUGCAGUACCCGGCCAGAGUUUUGGUUGCCAAGGACUCUUACGUGCUUGUGGAGCUCGGCGAGGGCGUCGUGGCUGCCUCCUAUGUUACAGAUGCGCUCGACAACUACGCUGACAAGGUCACCGAGGUUUUCGAAGUCAACUCGUUUGUCUCUGCCACCGUUUUGGAGGUUAACACCGCUGAGAAUAAGGUUGCCGUGUCGCUCCGCACCACCGCGGCCAAGGACAAGCUUGUGACCGCAGUGUCCGACUUGACCAGAGGCGACGUUGUCCGCGGGUUUGUUAAGAACGUGUCCGCCCAGGGUGUCUACGUCGCGUUGGGCCGCAACAUGCACGCAUUAGUUCGCAUCACCGACCUCUCCGACUCCUACUUGAAGGAGUGGAAGAAAUACUUUAAGCCAAAUCAGGCGGUUAUCGGGAAGGUCAUCUCUGCCGAGGAGGAGGGCCGUGUGCUCUUGACCUUGAAGGAAAGCGAGGUCAACGGCGAGUUGAACGUUAUGAAGCGCUUUGAGGACUUGGUCGUCGGCGACGUGUUCGAGGGCUCCGUCAGAAGGGCCACCGACUUUGGUGUGUUUGUGAAGUUGGAUGGCACUUUGAACGUCUCUGGGUUGUGCCACCAUUCCCAGAUCUCUGACAAUGCUGUUGCCAAUGUCACCUCGUUGUUCGGCGAGGGUGACAGGGUCAAGAUCAAGGUGUUGGCUAUUGACGGAAAGAAGAAGCAGUUAUCCUUAGGGAUGAAGGCUUCAUACUUUGAGGUUGCUGAGGAUGUUGACGACGACGUGGAUAUGGAAGACGUCGAGGAGGUUGAAUCCGACGAGGAGAUUGCCGAAGGCUCUGACGACGAAGUCAUGGACGACGCCCUCAACGCCGAAGACUCCGAAGAUGACUCUGAAGUCGAAGAAGAGGUCUCCGCUUCCCCAGUGGCCGGUCUCUCCACUGGUUUCGAUUGGACAGCUUCCAUCCUCGACCAGGCCCAGGACGAUGAGUCGUCUUCCGACGAAGAGCUCGAGCAGGACAAGAAGAAGAAGAAGGCCAAGCGCGCCGUUACCGACAAGACCUCAGACAUUAACACCAGAGCACCGCAGUCCACUGGGGACUUUGAACGUAUCUUGAUUGGUAACCCGAACUCCUCUAUCAUGUGGAUGAACUAUAUGUCUUUCCAGCUCCAGCUCUCUGAGGUUGAAAAGGCCCGCGAGAUUGGCGAGAGAGCGUUAAAGACCAUCAACUACCGUGAAGAGCAGGAGAAGUUGAAUAUGUGGAUCGCCCUUCUCAACUUAGAAAACACCUUUGGCUCCGAUGAGUCCUUGGAAGAGGUUUUCAAGCGUUCGUGCCAGUUCAUGGAGCCUCUCAUCAUGCACAUUAAGUUGGUGGGUAUCUAUGUCUUGUCCGAAAAGCUCGACAAGGCCGAAGAGUUGUACCAGGCCAUGAUCAAGCCAAAGAAAUUUGGCCAGAAGUUGUCCGUCUGGGAAGCCUACGGCGCGUUCUUGCUCGACCAGAACAAGGCCGAGGCCGCCCACCAGCUUUUGGCCAAGGCGUUGCAGGUCUUGUCCAAACAGGAGCAUAUCGACGUCGUGCGCAAGUUUGCCGUCUUAGAAUUUGCCAAGGGUGACCCAGAACAGGGUCGUUCCUUGUUCGAGGGUAUUGUGUCUGAGAAGCCAAAGAGAGCCGACAUCUGGAACGUGUACAUCGACCAGGAGAUCAAGAAGGACAACAAGGAGAAGGCUGAGGGCUUGUUCGAGCGUGUCUUGAGCAGAAAGUUGUCUCGUAAGGUGGCCAAGAGUUUGUUUGGCAAGUGGUUGGCCUUGGAGGAGAAGAAGGCUGACGACGUUGCUGCUGACUACGUGAGAGCCAAGGCUGACAAGUACGUUCAAACCCACUUUGACAACUAAUCAUCCCUAUCCUGUAUCAUAGUUUUCGCAUAGAUCUCGUCAUGUGACUGCGAUCAUUAUUGUCUCAUAUUUUGUACUUUAGAACUAUCGUGUUAAUAAAAA